CAUCCAAUAGCGUGCUGUUUUGCAACAUGGCUGGUGAAAAUAGAAUAAAAGUUAAUUUUGCUGCAGAAGGAGAGCCACUGUUGGCUUCUGCAGGGAUGGUGCGUCGACUGUCAGUUCCCCUGGCAGGGCUGGUGGGGCUGUUGUGGCUGUGUGUGGUGCCCUGGGCUGAGGGUGGCAAGGUGCUCGUGAUGCCUAUGGAGGGCAGCCACUGGCUCAGCAUGCGGAAGGUUGUGCAGGAGCUCCACGCCCGAGGCCACCAGGCUGUGGUCCUUGCUCCAGAGGUGAAUAUGCACAUCAAGAGAGAGGACUUUUUCAUCUUGAAGACCUAUGCCACUUCUUACACUCAGAAGGAAUUUGACCACCUCAUCCUAGGGCAGACUGGAAAGACGUUUGAAACAAUGCCUUUGCUGAAGACAAUUUUGGGAACAUUAGAGGUUUUAAAAAAUGUAUCUACGUUCUUUCACCAGUCUUGUGUAGAACUUUUCCACAACAAAGUCCUGAUCAAGAACCUUAUUGACAGCUCCUUUGAUGUGGUUCUAACUGACCCCCUCUUCCCCUGUGGGGCACUGCUGGCUAAGUACCUGUCGAUUCCUGCUGUGUUCUUUUUGCGUGCUGUUCCCUGUGACCUGGACUUUGAAGCCACACAGUGUCCCAAUCCCUCCUCAUAUAUUCCCAGACUCCUGACAAUGAACUCAGACCACAUGACCUUCUUGCAAAGGGUCAGGAACAUGCUCUAUCCUCUGACCCUCAAGUACAUUUGUCAUAUUUCUUAUGAUCCAUAUGAGAGCCUUGCAUCUGAACUUUUUCAGAGAGAGGUGUCCUUGGUGGACAUCCUCAGCCAUGGUUCUGUGUGGCUGUUCCGAGGAGACUUUGUGCUGGACUACCCUAGGCCCAUCAUGCCCAGCAUGGUCUUCAUUGGGGGCAUCAACUGUGCCAACAGGAAGCCACUCUCUCAGGAAUUUGAAGCCUACGUGAAUGCCUCUGGAGAACAUGGAAUUGUGGUUUUCUCGCUGGGAUCUAUGGUCUCUGAGAUUCCGGAGAAGAAAGCAAUGGCAAUCGCUGAUGCUUUGGGAAGGAUACCCCAGACGGUCCUGUGGCGGUACACCGGAAGUCGACCAUCGAAUCUUGCAAAGAAUACAAUACUUGUCAAGUGGCUUCCGCAAAACGAUCUGCUUGGCCACCCCAAGACGCGUGCCUUCAUCACCCACUCGGGCUCCCACGGCAUUUAUGAAGGCAUAUGCAACGGCGUUCCCAUGGUGAUGCUGCCCCUGUUUGGUGACCAGAUGGACAAUGCAAAGCGCAUGGAGACCCGCGGAGCUGGCAUCACCCUGAACGUCCUGGAAAUGACCUCCGACGAUCUAGCCAAUGCCCUGAAAAAAGUCAUCAAUGACAAAAGCUACAAGGAAAACAUCAUGCGCCUCUCCAGCCUUCACAAGGACCGUCCCGUGGAGCCGCUAGACCUGGCCGUGUUCUGGGUGGAGUUCGUGAUGAGGCACAAGGGGGCACCACACCUGAGGCCUGCCGCCCAUGACCUCACCUGGUACCAGUACCACUCUCUGGAUGUGAUCGGCUUCCUCCUGGCCAUCGUGCUGGUCGUGGCCUUCGUCACCUUUAAGUGCUGUGCCUUUGCCUGUGGGAAAUGCUUUGGGAAAAGGGGGCGUGUGAAGAAAGCUCACAAGUCCAAGACACAUUAGGGAGCAGGAGGGAGAUGGGGUGAAGUUUGCAUCUAUUCCUCAGCCAGUUCCAAAUGUGCAGAGUCAGUGUUAAAUCCAUUUGAUUCUUUUGAAUGAAAUAUUUUGCCACAAAUUAGACAUCCCCAUCACGAUUUUUGUCUGGUUGGUUGUUUGAAUGAAGUUGAGUUAAUCGCUGGUCGUGUCUGUAGGUGAAGGUACUUGACUGUGUACCCUGCCCCCUCCAGCACCAUCAAGCUGGACCACAUUUGUUUUCCCUCUGAUGCUACAUGACGGUGGAGGGCUCUGUGGUCCUCGCGUGGAGCCGGAGCCUCAGAGGUGGUCCCCUGGCUGCCCCUGUGUCAGCAUCGCCGCCUGGCUGCCACCAGCCUUGGUGAUCCCUUUCUCCUGCACCAGCAACGACCCACCGUCAGUUACAUUCAGAACCUGAGUGCUGGAAGA